AUGCUGUUUGUCGCUUCACUCAGCGUUCUGGCGCUUUUUGUCAACACAGUCUUUGCUGGUCCGGUUAUCACUCGCGAUAAUAAUGCUGCAGCAGCCAAUGUCACCACCUGCAACGGCAAACUUUACACCUACGAAUCGCUAGCAGGUUAUGGAAAACUCGUCAGCGACGCUCGCGACAAGUUCGGCGACACCAUUGGCGGUAUUGGAAGCGCGAUUGCGUUCGAGAAGAAGUCUUGGAAGUACAAGAAAGGCUCCUACGAGGGUGUUGUUUGGGGUCUGCCUGAUCGUGGCUGGAAUACUCAGGGUACGCAGAACACGCAGACCCGCAUCCAUAAGUUCAGCGUUGUCUUUACGCCGGUUGAGGCAACGAUUGAGAAACCGGUCAAUAGUCCGAAUUGGAAGUUAUCUUAUGUCGAUACGCUGCUGCUUACUGGGCCGGAUGGUACGCCCUUGACUGGGCUGGAUCCGACGGAGACUAUUACGUACCCUGGGUUUCCCACUCUUCCUUUAGCUAGAUACACUGGCAACGGUUUCGGCCAAAAUGGAACCGGUGGAGCCCGUAUCCCACUAGACACCGAAGGCCUAGUCCUCGGAGACGACAAGACCUUCUGGAUCAGUGACGAAUACGCCGCAUACAUCUACCAAUUCGACAAAAAGGGCAAAAUGAUCAAGGCCAUUCGCACCCCCGAGGCUCUUGUCCCCCGCCGCAACGGAACCGACAGCUUCAACGCAGCUUCCCCACCCAUUUACGACCCUGAUCUAGAGAUCGUGCCCGAGGACCCCGACAGCGGCCGAGGCAACAAUCAGGGCCUGGAAGCUCUGACCGCCAGCCCAGAUGGCAAGUACCUCUACACCAUGCUCCAGAGCGCUACCAUGCAGGACGGCGGCAGCUCCGCGAAGAAGCGUCGCAACACUCGGCUCCUCAAGUACCGUGUCAAAGACGACAAGACGACGCUCGAGGCGGAAUAUGCUGUUCAGCUACCUGUGCUGCCGACGGGGCGCGUCGCCAGUCAGUCCGAGAUGCACUAUAUCUCCGAAACCCAGUUCCUCGUUCUAGCGCGCGACUCCAAUGCUGGUCAUGGCGCUGAAAGCACGUUGUCUAUCUACCGUAACGCGGAUGUAAUUGAUAUUUCCAACGCCACUAACGUCGCAGGCACAGCGGCCGAUGAUGUCAAAGGACAAAUCGCAAGCAAAGACGGUGUCUUGAAGAGCGGUAUCGUGCCUGCUACCUACUGCCCGUGGCUAUCCUUCAACAACAACGACCAGCUCGGUAGAUUUGGUCUUCACAAUGGCGGCGAGCAAGACGCAAAUCUGCUGAACGAGAAGUGGGAGAGCUUUGCUGUGUUGCCUGUUGAUAAGGAUGAUGAGAUUGGUAGGAGUGAGAGGCAGGAUGAGGACGAGGGGAAGGAGUACUAUUUGGUGUCUUUCUCGGAUAAUGACUUUAUUACUCAGAACGGAUACAUCAACUUUGGUCAGAACAAGUACGUGGAUGCGUCUGGAUACAACCUUGACAAUCAGGUUUUGGUGUUCAAGGUCAAGCUUCCUAAGGGAGCGAACCCUUUGUAG